CGUGUUUGUGCCAGUAUCCCUCUGCACAUGCACAUAAAGACACCUACUCAUCUCAUCAGACGAACUGUCUCAGAGUAUCACCAGAACUCCAGCAUGGCUCUCUCUAAGACUCAGCAGACAUUUAUGGAUGUAGCUAUUCCAUCUCUCAAAAGAGGAGUAAUUUCAUUCAAUGAACUUGCAUGCAAACUCCUCGUUACCAAUGUCUCAUACAUUCUUAAAACUCAAGUCAUGUUUGAAGAACUCCGUAAUAUAAUAGAGGCAUCUCAGAAAAGCAUUGGGCAGUCAGAGAGGGCAGCUAGCAGUGAACUGUACAAGAUAGACACACAUUAUGAGGAGCUCACAGUCCAAAAGGGAGUCCUUGAAAAAAAGAAAAGAGAGAGAAAAACAGAGAGAGAGAGCUUGACCGUACAAUUAAGCCAGUGCAGGGAAACGUUAAAUGCGUACUCCAAUUCUUUGGAACGGGCCAAGAGGCUAGCUCGUGACGCACAACACCGGCUUCAGAGCGAAGAACACAAAAUGAGGGAGUCACAGACACUAAGAGAUGCUGGUUAUGGACUAUUGGCCGUCCCUAUAGUUGGGUGGAUAGCAGGGCCAAUCAUGAUUGAUGCUGGUAUCAAAGACUAUGACAACGCAUCCUACGCGGCAAGACAAGCCACCAACGUGGUGCAAAGCGCUGAGAGAGAUGUAGCCAAUUUUUCCUCAAAGGUGUCCCAGUGUACUUCCAACAUUGAGAACAUGAAUAGAAAAAUCAAAAACUUUUAUUGGGAUAUAGAGGGGGUUGACCGCAAGAUCUCAGACAUCAAACAGCAGCGCACUGUGAUGGCUGAUAUUCAGGUUAAGAUGAGGAGUUGCGUUACUCUUUUGGGCAGCUUGGCCAAAAGCACUAACGCGGCCGAGCUCGAAACACGCCACAUCAUUGUCCUGGGGUCGCUGAUGAAAAUCCUGCAGCAUGUGUUUGUACUUUCCGUUAAGUUGCUCGGAGCCAGUUUCUACAAUGAUGCGGAGCUGAAAGGUCUCAUCAUGACUCUGCAGAAGAAUCAGCACAAACUUCAAGCGCUUCCUAAUGCAAAUAAGAAUGACUCUCUAGAUGAUUUCUCUUGAGUUUUUCUUACUUUCUCACAUACAUUUGCCUCUCGAGUUUUGCCUGCAAGCUUAUAAUGUGUGUCUGUAAUGUUUGGCACAGCUAAUGUAUGGGUCGGUUGCCUUUUGCUGUUGAAAAGGUGUCAUUUUUUCUCAUCUAUUUUUUAACACCAUUAAAGAGCAAUAACUAAUAGGCUCUUGCAGUAAAUUGGGAAUAUGAAUGAAAGUAUUGUAUGUAAAAUACCUACAUAUAUAGCAUUGCAUUAAAAAUAAAUGAUAUUUGAGAAUGAA